UAUAUCUAUUGUAUAAUUUUACUUUUAUUACACCUUUCUUUGAUAUAUCUACUGUAUAAUUUCACUUUUAUUCAGGAUGAGGUUAACAGGUUUGGUGUGCGUGCUCUUCCCAAGAAGAAGAUGAGAGCCAAACUGAUUGAGAUAUACAACUAUACACAUCCAGGUGCUGCAGCACAAAAACAACCCCAAGAUAAUACUUCAAAGACCACAAAAGGUCCUUCAUUAAAGCAAGCAAAGGCUCCACAACGUACUGCAAAACCUGCCUUGAAAACAUUAGUCUCUUCAUCGCAGCCAACAAGACAACCCUCGAAAAAGAAGAAAAACAUUCCUGCCAGUCAGAUACGAGACAGUUCAGACUCAGAUGACGAUGGAUAUUCAUCCGUGCGUCCCGCAUCAUCACAGCCUUCUGCACCCCUCAAGCCUUCAAGCUACAGCACAGUUAAAGAUCCCCAGGGGAAAUUUGCUGGUAGCAUAGAAGAUGGAAGCUCUAGCACUUCUUAUUCCUCUCAGACAGGUUUCCCUGCAUCAAGACGUUUGGGGAAUGGCAGAAUUGAGAGUACAAGCUCUUUGUCCGAAGAGGAUAGGGGUACUGGGCGUGGCAGCGGUGAAAGUAACAACGAAGAUGAAGAAGAGUUUGGGGAGGCGUCCAUAUUGAUUGACAAGGAGACAGACACUGCAUCACAACAGACCACUGGCGACAAUUUAGAAAACAAGUUACUUUCCUUCAUUGAGAGCCAUCGUGAUGUAUAUCUAAAAGUGCUAACUUACCGGCCCAUUGAUUUAAUGGCUUUGCACGAACUGGUCAAGUCUAGUGGGAUAAAAUGUCGAUUGGGACAGCUGAUAGAUUUCCUCGAUACCCAGUGUAUCACGUUCACAACGGCUGGCCAGAAACCACGACAACGAAGAAAGCCCACAAGAAAAAAGAGAUAAUGAUGAAAAAUCGCCACAUAUAAAUAUAUUUAGUUUUUUAAAAAUGGUUUUGUUGCUGAUGAAUUUGAUAUUGAAAUUGUGAAUAAAAUCUAUAAGAAAUUAUUUCAAA